CUCUUGCCCCUGUUCUUUGCCUCUCGUUUUGUUGCUGAAGAUAUCACAGUGAUGUCUGCAUUCAACCUGCUGCAUUUGGUGACAAAGAGCCAGCCAGUAGCCCUGCGAGCCUGUGGGCUUCCCUCAGGGUCAUGUAGGGAUAAAAAGAACUGCAAGGUGGUCUUUUCCCAGCAGGAACUGAGGAAGCGGCUGACACCCCUGCAGUACCAUGUCACUCAGGAGAAAGGGACUGAAAGUGCCUUUGAAGGAGAAUACACACAUCACAAAGAUCCUGGAAUAUAUAGAUGUGUUGUUUGUGGAACUCCAUUGUUCAAGUCAGAAACCAAAUUUGACUCUGGUUCAGGUUGGCCUUCCUUUCAUGAUGUGAUCAGUUCUGAGGUGAUCACAUUCACAGAUGAUUUCUCCUAUGGGAUGCACAGGGUGGAAACAAGCUGCUCACAGUGUGGUGCUCAUCUUGGGCACAUUUUUGAUGAUGGCCCUCGUCCAACUGGCAAAAGAUACUGCAUCAAUUCAGCGUCCUUGUCUUUUACACCUGCGGACAGCAGCGGGCCAGAAGGAGGCAAUGGGGCCAGCAGCCCAGCGCCAGCGCCAGCAGACAGAGCAGAGCUGUAGCCAUGAGGAGUGACGGAGACAAAGUGUACUUAAUCCACAGCUGAUAGAAGAGAAAGUCAAAGUUGUUUAUCUUAAUAGAUCUAUUUUUUCAGAAACAAUAAGGGCAGUUUGUGCUGUUGAUAUUUUUUUCUUCUUUCGCUUAAAGAGGCCUUGCCCAUCCUUGUGUUUUGUUGUUCACUAGACCUGGAACUGUUUCUAGCUUUUGCAAUGGAAGAGAACUUUUUGAGACUUCCUCACAAACCACUUACAUAGCUUUAUCAUUAUUUCCUUUCAAUAUACACUUUCUUUUGUUGUUUUUUUGUAGUUUUACCCCCUUUUGAUUAAGAGACAGUGGCUGCUUGGUCUUCAGUACUGAAUAGAAAUCUUCUGUACAAGUUACAGAGCAGAGGUGGGAAGUGCAGGGAUUUCAGACACACAGUAUUAGGCUUUUGUACAGAUCCGCCUCAAGUAAAGAUGGAGUGAUGUCUUAGGAGAUUUCUUGGCUUUGUGGAAAGUCUGAGCUAAGGUGGUGUUUUUUUUUUUUUUUUUUUCACUCGCAGGGUGUGAAGGUCUAAAGUCUUUCCUUAUGUUAAAUUGUUGCCAGAUCUGAGAGGCGCACUGAGUGUUGUGGCUGAGAAGUAAACAGCACCUCAUGGUCAGCCUUUAUUUUAUUUUCCACUGAAAGCAUUGGAAUGUAAGACAACUGUAAAAUGUUGAGCCCCAUUUUGUCUGAAGUUCACAAAGAACUACCUGCCUGAUGCCUUUUUAUCAGACCUUCUUUCCACACCUAAUACCAGCUGUAUCUGGAAGGACAUUUUGGUAAAUUCUCCUGUGUAAAAUAAAAUGUUGGGGACAACACACUUCAUCAAGGCAGUAGACAUGACAGAAAACAGAGAAGACCAAGCAUGAAGUCUUGAGUACUAAAAAAUCCAGUGCUUGUCAGAAAAGCUGACAGGAUACUACAGGCAUCAUAUAGAAACCAAAGUGGGAACCUUAUACACAGAGCUUCAAGUCACUGUGGACAGAUGUUGGUUAUUAAAACAUAAGUAGCCAAGCACAACUUCCACACCUGACACUUAAUUGCUAUGUGACAAGGGACAAGCCAUUUAGCCUCUUUGUGCCUAGAUCUUCAUGUAUGCAAUAGGACUCAUAUAUUUGUAAAUGUAUUGACACUCUCAGGGCAAAAUUACUAUAUUGCUAUACAAUUAAGAUCAGUGUUGUAAAAUUACUCUGAUCUGGUUCUAAUUGCCUCAGAGCCUGAAGUUUUCUAGGCAUUUGAAAUGGAAAGAAGAAAGGUUGUCUUAGUUGAUUGGUAUGGAAACAGUUGGGCCAAGAACCAGAAUUUUUUCUCUUUGUAGCAAUAUGGCUGGUUUUACUUUGAGAAGCUCUGCUCAGUUGCUUUAUAAUAUUUACUCUGGUGAACUGGGCAUCAUUUUGCACAAUAAGCUUUUCACCGGUUUGGACAAUGCUGAUAUAAGUUGAUAUUGCUAUAAGCAGGUAUGAAGGUAUGUGUGACUGAUAAACAUUGUGUUUAUAAAUUUGAAUGCUAAUCUUGAAAUAUAGUUUCUAAAGAUAUUUAUUUUGCUAAAUUUUUGGUAACUUAUGAAGACUGAUAGCUUUCUUUGUAAGCAUCAAGACAAAAGUAAGAAUGGAUACAAUUGUAAAGUCAUGAUGGGAAGUAAGAAUGAAAAUUUGUGACAAAUAAAUGUGAGUGAGAGUGGCCAUGUCUGGAAGCUUCCACACUUCUUUAGGCAUCUCUUGGAAGCCCUGACAUCCUGGUGGUUUGACUAGCAUGCAGUUUCAGAGGAGUCAUGCUCUUAUUUGGAUGUUCAGAUAAGUUGUCUGGGCAUAAAGAUGUUCCAGAUGUUUCAUCCAUUAAAGAAUCCCCCUGGAAUUAGCAGGCUUUCCUCUUUUCUAGAAAUAAGGUAUAAAAUUUAAGAUAAGACUGGCCACCAGUAGCCUCACCAUCCUAAAAUUCUUCCCCAACUUUAUGAAGGAUACCAUGUAAAGUGAUAAAGAAAGAAACAGAUUUCACAUGGCAUUGUCACAGCCUGCCGCCCAUCCUUCACAUAUGCACAUAGCCCUCCCCAACCAGCUGCAUGGUGUCCUGUCCAAGGUCACAGUGUUGAAGCAGACAAAAUAAAUGAGGGUUUCUUCUCUUUUCCCAUAGACUCUGGACUGUCAUUUUUCCUUUAUUUUUAUGGUAGGAUUUAGCAUUUCCCUCAAAACAUCCAAAAAAAAUUCCCUAAACAAUUGGUAAAAACUCAAACCUUCCUUUUCUAAUCUUUAGUAUUUUCUUUAAGGAAAGCCAGUCUUGUCUAGCACCAACUUUAAGCAAACUGAAACACCCACUGAAGGAAAAAGAAAAUGUGGGAUGUAUGCCUGUGAUUUAAUUCCAGAUUUCUUUUGGGUUUAAGUGAUAUCAAAUUUCAGUAUAUUUCUGUCUUAUGUUAAAGAAAUAUAUUACUAAAACGUCAGUGAGCAAUAAUGUCAGCUGUCAAGCACUAGAUUUAUUUUUGCAGGAUAUGGAGUGCAGUGAGCUGAGUCAAUAUGGUGAGGUGUAUGUGAUCUGUGGGAGUUUUGCCAUUUAACAUAGGAAAUACAUGGGUUUCCCUUCUCUGUAUUCAUGCUCUUACUGUACCAAUGGACAAUGUGAAAUUUUGCUUUUAAGAAGAAAAUAUGUCCAUAUGGUCAUAGAGAACAGAUAAGAAGCAGUAAUAUCUGUUGUAUUUCUAUGUAUUUAAACUUUUCACUUCUUAGAUGUAUGAAAAUUCUCAAUGCAAAUUACACAGCAAUUUGUUGUGUUUAAAAUGUCUUGCUUCAAAUAUGAAAAGUGAUCAAAGCAUUAUAAUUUCUUUUACAGAUUAUAUAUGACUCUUAACUUAGAAAACUUUUUAAUAAUUUUCUCCCCAACAGUUCAAAACUUUUGAAAUAUGUCAUGAAACUUUUAAUUAAAAAACCUUUUUCCUAUAUUUGUUGUAUACAGAAAUUAUGUAAUAAAAUUUCUUUAUAAAAAUA